AUGAAAUUAUUUAUCCUGAUCGUCUUAUUCGGCGGUAUUUCCAACGCAACCCCAGUCCCUAUAUCGGCUCAAAACAUUGCCGACCGCUCAGAGAACCUUGAGCCCUCACCACACACCUCAACAUGGAUUUCACCUACCGAUCAUGAUCCAAAAAAGCGUCAUCUGCAGCCAUAUUUGAAAUUUGUUGCUGCAGGACACCCAUCGGAAAUUCCUCUUUCUGAAGCUGAUAACUACGAAAGACUUGUUGCAUUUUGCGAGGCCGGUUUUGUCUCUGGAUGCCGGGCAGCAAUUGGGAAGCCGAAAUGA